UUCCAACGAGCAGAACAUUAAGUAUGGGGAGAACUACCACAUCCAGCUGGUGGGGGUGGAGGCUCCAUCACCCUGGAGUAUAGGCCCAGUUCUGUGGAGGCCAACCUGACCUCCAGGCCGCCCCUGGUGCUGAUGACCCGAGGAGGGCCCUCCAGAGACGGGUACCAGGGGCGCCUGAGUGUCAACGAGCACCGGAUCACCCUCAACACUGUGACAGGCGCCGAUGAGGGAAGCUACACCGUCAGAGACACGAACCUGAAGAUCAUGAGGAAGGUCUGCCUAAAUGUCAAAGAACACCAGAACUUUGUGAAGCUGCCGUACGCUGGCACUCUGAAGAUCAACCUGAUUCUGAAUGCCUCCAUGGUGCGUCUGUUCUACACGCCAGACUACGACUUAAAAACCAGACAGAUCCUGGACGGGGGACAGUUAACGGUGCCAGCAGACCUGGAUCUGGUGGGGCGGAUCUCUCUGGAUCCGUCUGUGGUCAUCCUGAACCAGGUCAAGGCCAGCGACGUCGGACAGUUCAAGGUCACGGACAUACUGGGGUUUCCUGUGUCCAACGUCUACCUGGAAGUGGAGGCCUACAAGCUGCCGUCCCUCUACGUGGCAAUCAUAGCACUGGUGGGCUUCCUGGUCCUCCUGCUGUUGGUGUGUCUGCUGUCCUGCCUGGUCAAGCAGAAGAAGAGGGCUGCCAAGGCCCGAGCCAUCGAGAAGAUUGCCCAAAACGCAGGCAAGGAGGACGAGGGAGAUGCCUUCAGACAGGUGGUGAAGAACAUUACUCAGUUUGAGGAGUCUAUAGCCCAGUCCAUCGACAUCACAGAGAAGUCUCAGAGCACUGAGGUGGACAUUAAAGGUCUGGAGGUGUCAUCCAAGGAGGUGGCAUGUGGUAACCUGGAGACCAGUGACUCAGGGGUGGAGUUUAACACCACUGGCCUCCCAUUGGACACUGACACUGACGUCCCUGACCAGAUUCCAGAAUCAGAGGCUGAGACUGAGAGUGUUGCCUUCGUCCCAGAAACCAAGCCAAGCCCACCCCCGGUUACCAAACCUAGCCCGGUUCCCAAAAUCAACAAAAUCCCUGAACCAGCUCCUGAACCAAAGUUGACCAUAACCAAACCCGUUGAGACCAAACUCAGCCCAAUCCCAAGCCCGGUCUCCAAGCAGGCUCCAAGCCCCAUUGCCAAAACACCUGAACCAGCCAAAACUCCUGAACCGAAAAUACCUGAAUUGAAAACACCUGAACCAACCAAAACUCCUGAUUUGAAAACUCCUGAGCCGAAAACACCUGAAUUGAAAACACCUGAACCAGCCAAAACACCUAUUGCUGUGUCUCCAAGCCCGGUGUCCCCUAAGCCAACCCCACCCCUGACCCCUGUCUCCAAACCAACUGCACCCCAACCAUCAACCCCCGAACCCGCCAAGCUGGUGACACCAGCCCCCGAACUCCCCAAGCCGGUGACACCAACCCCGGAAUCCCAAAAGCCUGUGACACCAAUCCAGACUCCGACCCCAACUCCAAUGCUGAGCCCUGAACCUGCUCCGACCACCAAUGGCACACCCGAACCACCAGCACCUGAAUCCAAACCUAACACUGCUCUGGCCCCAGUGGGUCUGAUCGAAAGUCCUGUCGCCAAGGCAACCCCGCCUAAAACCCCUGAGGUGGAGGUGACCGCCCCAAGUAGUCCAGCCCUUGAGGCCAAAAUGGACGCCCCAGCUGAGGAAAACAACGCCACCACCGCAACCUGAGAACAGUCCCUGCACUCCUCCAAGGGAUACCCCACAGAUUCAUUAUCCUAUUCUCCUCCACCACUGUAGACAGACAAUCGAACACCCCCCUUACCAAAUAAGGAAGAAAUCACUGCUACUAUCGAGGCUGGGACUUAGAUUUAACACUUCUAAUGCUCAAACAUGCUGUAGUUUGUUAUGAUAGCUAACUCACCUGUACCUAACAUUAACAUUAUCUUUGAGAUACUUUUUUCAAUUCACAGAUACUUUUCACAAGAUAGGAAAUAUAAGCAAGCGAGUCCAUUUUGUCAGACGUUUUAGCUGUUGUUGUUUCUUUUUUACAUUUCUAUGCUGCAUACUCUUUUUUAGUGUGUAAACUAGAGCAUGACUGCCGGUCUGCCAACAAAAUCAGUUGCAGAGUUUACAAGUAAAAUGUUAAACCUAGCUACUUUAGAUAUGUUUUAUUUUGAGGUGUGCAGAAUGGUUCCACACCCUUUUACAAAGAUAUAGGAACUUUAAAAUGGCAAGUGAACAUGACUCAAUCUAAUUCAACUACAUCUAUGACCACCUACUCCAUUUGUGGAAUGAUAAAACCUUUGAUGAUGCCUGCUCUAAUCUCAGCAUGUGGAAAAACAGAUCAAAACGAAAGCACGAACAGCUCGUAAAUUUGCAACGGACAUUUUUUAAAUCUCAUAUGAUGAAACCAAUGACAUGAUUUAGCCCCCCCAAGGACUUAUAAAAGUGACAAUGACAUAACGUUCUCGUCAAACUGGAUGAAUUUAAAUCAACUUUCUAUCAAACUGGACUGGAUUCCUUCAAUCCCCUUGUGACAUUCUCUAUACGUUUUCCUGAAACCUGGGAAUCCGAGAAUCUGGAAUUUUCCUGCUGGUCCUCUGCCGUCCUAUAGAAACAUCUAGAACGCUUGAAUGAUGAAACAUCCUGAUACAAAUGAGCAUGGCAUUAUCCCAGCAACACUAAUACCUGAAUGCUGAACUCUAACAUCAAUACCUUCUGCUAAACUAAGUCUAACUUUUGUUUAAAAUGGAUGUUUCAUGUGAUUGUGCUCCCAACUACUUGAGAGGCUGUAUUGGUUAUAAGGUGUUGGCCAACUCUGACUGUCCCAGUGGAUCUCUAGAAUCAGAUUAAUCGAAGAGAAAGAGCUUGUUUUGAUCCUUGACCUCACCACAGGACCUGAAGACCCCAAGGACACACCUCAGCACUUUAAGCAAUCCCCAGUGAAUCUUGGGAAAUGUAGUGCUGAUUGUUAUUCUGCUGACUACAACUAUGAGAGUGGGAGAGGGAGAAGAGGAGGGGUCUGGUGAGUGAUGUCAUUGGCUUAGUCCUAACAUUUAAAAAAGGAAUUCUCCCUCCUCGAUGUUCACUUCUGUCCUUCCUUCUGUCCUUCCUUCCUUCUGUACUCCCUCUUUUCCUUCCUCUCUUGCUUGCAGCAGGUGGUGAAGUACAGUAUUAUGGCAUGGUUUCAUCUGGCCGAUAGAUGUAGUUUUACUGUAGGUCCUGCCCUCUUGACUUCUCAUUUAUAGCUUAUGGGUCAGCCUUUAUACCCCAUGAUGACUUAUUAAAGUACAGUAUGAAAGUAUAGUCUUCCCUGAGAUAAUAGAACAGACCCAUGUCAGACUAUUCCUUGCCUACACACAUCUACAUGCAUUAUAGUCGUCUACAACCUACAUACUGGAGGCCAACUGUAGAUGUGUUCCACGGCUCUGAUGCCUAGUAUGGUGAUCUCACAGUACAGUAUACAUGUAGUUCUGGUUAUUUGCUCCAGCCUAAAACAGACACUUCACAAAUUAACCCACUAGCAUCCAUCCACAGCACUGGAUAUGAUGUCAAGGCAUUGGUUGAUGGGUUCUAAUAGCCUACCCUAUUGCCAUUGUUCUCUCUGACUGCCCUAAAAAAGGUCCUGCGAGAACUUCACUAACUAUUAACACACUGUACCACCAUCUCCAGGACGUGCCAUGACACCAUCUGUCUUUAGCUGCUUGAAGCUAUGUUGCUCUAGCCUAGAUUUACAGUGCAAUAAGACUUCACUGGUGAUUAAAACUCCUGUAGCUGCUAUGUGUUACAAGAGGAGGUGUGCAGAUACAUUUUGCUUAACAAAAGACAUCUCUACCUCAGUGUUUUAACUGACUGUCGUGACAGACACCAUGAAUGGUACAUUGAGUUCAGUGGACUACAUCUAAAAGCAUUUAGGAUUUUUAAGAGAAGCACAAAUAGGAGCCGUGUUAAAGUAACCAACACAUCAAUCAGUUGUUGGAACACAUAGAAAGUACAUUCAACUUCAAACGAUGGCCUUUCUCUUUCUAAACACUUCCACAAUUCUAAGACGUUUUUUAAUGCUAAAAUGAAUAUGAGAAUAAAAUGAAAGUUAAAAGCCAUAUGGUAAGAUAGUGAUAUAGAUGUUAUGAUUAGUACAGUAUAUGAAUCAUGAUGAAUACAGUAUGAAUAUUUUAGUGUUUGAGGUGCCUAAAUUCUUUGCUAUAUUGUCAAUCAACUGAUGUAAGUGAUAAAAGGUCAAUGAUUAUGUAAAAUUAUAUCACUGAAGAGAUUUGGCCCCACUCUCAAUCUCGAUCUCAAUCUCAAUCUCAAUCUCGAUCUCGAUCUCAAUCUCAAUCUCAAUCUCAAUCUCAAUCUCAAUCUCAAUCUCAAUCUCAAUCUCAAUCUCAAUCUCAAUCUCAAUCUCAAUCUCGAUCGCAUUGCUUGUCAAGCUCUGUUGUGUGGAGCCGUAACACCCAUUUAGGCAAUACUAAAAGCAGUGUUUAGCUGUUUCUGCACACACACACACACACACAAACACAAACACAAACACACACACACACACAAACACUCCCUUAUGACGCUGCUGACGAGGUUCAGCAUUGUAAAUAUUGCAUGUGUAAGGUUUAAAAAGUCUCCUUUCAAAGGUUGAAUGUGUUUAGUGUAUAGAAUGGCCGUUGUAUUAUACUUGAUGAUAUAAAAAAGCUAAUCUAAUUUCUCACCUGUGCAAAGCCUACAUGCUGAUUAUUGAAUAUACUGUACACACACACUAAUCUUCACUAACUUAUAAAAUACUAACUUGAACAACUGAAAAUGGUAAACACAACUGAAUAAGUGCAUAUUGUUCCGCAUCACAGAUCUUCGAAUAGAUCUCUAAAAUAUUUUGAUUGGAUUAACUUUUAUUAGUACUAUUUCAACCCUAUGAUGAUAACACUCACAGUAUAACACCCUUACAUAACUUAUAUAUAUAUAUAUAUGUAUUAAAAAAUACAGAAUGAUCUAUGUCACUUUAAAGAUAAAGGCGUUUAUUGCAGCAUGUCCACAUGAUCUCCUCAAAGACAGUAUUAUUAUUAUUCAUAUUUUUCUGCUUUUAUAAAAGUCGUCUGUGUGUGUGUGGAGGAUUGAUCAGUCAUAGUGUUAUCUUCAUCCUAGCGUGUGUGUGUGUGUGUGUGUGUGUGUGUGUGUGUGUGUGUGUGUGUGUGUGUGUGUGUGUGUGUGUGUGUGUGUGUGUGUGUGUGUGUGUGUGUGUGUGUGUGUGUGUGUGUGUGUGUGGAUUGAUCAGUCAUAGUGU